AUCAGCUUCUCUCUCCCUCCAAGUCCAUCCUUUCAGAUCCAACCCAACCGUCACCAUGAUUAUCUUCAAGGACAUCCUCACCGGCGACGAGCUGAUCUCCGACUCGUACGACCUCAAGGAGGUCGCCGGUACCGUCUAUGAGGCUGACUGUGCCAUGAUCGAGGAGGGCGGUGUCAACGUCGAUAUCGGUGCCAACGCUUCUGCUGAGGAGGCUGAGGAGGCCCUCGAUGACACCGUCGUCAAGGUCAACAACAUCGUCAGCUCUUUCCGUCUCCAGAGCACUUCUUUCGACAAGAAGAGCUACCUCACCUACCUCAAGGGCUACAUGAAGGCUGUCAAGGCUGCUCUUCAGGAGAAGAACGCCCCCGCCGAGACCAUCACUGCCUUCGAGAAGGGUGCUCAGGCCUACGUCAAGGAGCACCUCCUGCCCAACUUCAAGGACUUUGAGUUCUACACUGGCGAGUCCAUGAACCCCGACGGAAUGGUUGUCCUCCUCAACUACCGUGAGGAUGGUGUCACCCCCUACAUCAUCGUCUGGAAGCACGGUCUUACCGAGAUGAAGGUUUAAGCUGGUGAAGCGUGGUGGAGGUGCUGCAAGUUCUGCUAUACCCGUGAUGAUGGACGGGCAAGCACCUAUUUAGAAGAUUACGAGCCACACGAAACUCGUCCUCGGCGCUUGGAAUAUCCCCCGAGACGUAUCGAUGAAAUGAAAAAAAGAAGGCUGCAGAUUCCAAUCCAGUCUGAUCGUCACGAUGUCACCAA